UUGUAAGCAACUCAUUUAAAAAAACACGCGUGCUGGGUGUAUUCACAUAUUUCUCCUUUUUUUAGCCCACUCGUUUCUCUCAGUCCCGAGAUAGAUCUAGGGUUUUCUUCAUCACUCCUCUUUCGUAUGGUGAAAGUUCACUAGAUUGAGCAUCGUAGGCUCCGAUUCACGAUCGUAAUCUCUAUCCGGCUCUCUCCAUCUUGGCUCAAAGCUUUCGAUCAGUCCGAUUUGAAGAUUAAUUUUGUGAGUCUCAUUUUCUGAUUUUUUGAUUUUGUUUAUAUACGAACUCAGAUCUGUAUCUUCGAUCUCAGAUCUGUAUCUACAAUCUCAGAUCUGUUUGAUUUAUAUAUAGACUAAUUUAUGUUAAAGAGAACACAGAUCGAUUAUCGAUCGAUCGAUUGAUCUACGAUCUCAAAGCAUAUUAACAUCCUCAAACCGACUCUAUUUCUGACUCGUUCGUGGUGAUCUUUGUUGGUCCAUCACAUUAAUCAACAUUGACUUCAUCUUUCUGAAUGGUUGUGGUUUUGUACAGUACAGGUUCUGUGUGUUUUUUCUAAUGAUCUGUAAGUUUUUUCUUAUGGUGAAAGUUCACGAAUAUGUUUGUUGGUCCAUCACAUUAAUCAAGAUUGACUUCAUGUUUCUGAAUGGUUGUGGUUUUGUACAGUACAGGUUCUGUGAGUGUUGGUUUUUGUGCGUAAUUGACUGGUAAAGUGCGACUGAGAAAUUUUGGAGUUUGCUUCUUCCUCUUAUAUAUGAAAAUGGAAGAUAUAAACUUGGAUAUUCUUGUUCUUGUUCUUCUCGCCUCUCAAGGGACAUACGCAUGUUGCAGAGGCACUAAAAGUACCACUCCAUGUAUUUUUCACAAUGCCAUGGACGCCUACCAGCGAGUUUCCACAUCCUUUUUCUCGUGUCAAACAAGAAGUUGGAUAUAGACUAUCAUAUCAAAUUGUUGAUGCACUAAUUUGGCUUGGAAUAUGGGACAUUAUAAAUGAGUUUAGGAAGAAAAAAUUGAAGCUGAGACCUGUGACAUAUUUAAGUGGUUCUUAUAGUUCCCCAGAUGUACCUUAUGGAUAUCUUUGGAGUCCUCAUCUUGUUCCCAAACCGAAAGUUUGCAGACAUUGUUCCAAGUCGCACCACAGAAAAUGCUUGCCGGGGAAUAUUACUUUUGAAGAUCUGGAGGAUGAGGGCAUCCUGCAAAGGGCUUGGGAAGGUCUUAUUCCAAACCGUAUUUUGAUUUAUUACUUAGAACAUGAGAUUGAUGAUGAAAUUAGAACUCCAAGUAGAAACCACAUAAAGUUCCCAGAUGAUGGACAAAAUAAGGAAAGACAAGCAUUAGAGCUACUCUUGAGCAAAAGGAAAGUUUUGCAGAAGGAGAGAGCUCUGGCCUCAACAGAUGCUUCCAGAAAGAGAACUCUUGGGAAGGUAUAGAAAGGGGUGGAUUUGUCUUCAAUUACCACAGUGGAUGAUUCUUCAAAGAACAGUGCCAGAAAAUUGACUCGAUCCAAUUAUUCAAAGAAACAGAAAGUGGGGGAUAUAACCAGAAAGCCUCAGAACAACACUGGCUCUACAAAAGUCAAUAAGUCCUUCACUGAUGGAAACAGGUUUUCCUUGGUGUGCUGAUUGGUGAAUUUCAGAUUUUUUUGGUUUUUUUGUUUUUUUUGUUUUUUAAAGAUUGGGAUGAAUUUUAUAACUUAAAUAUGCUUUUUAUGAACAUGUACAGUCGAAUUGUUAUGUAAAAUAUUGAAUUUGAUGGUUUUAUCAACUUUUAUUCUUAUUUUCUGGUA